AUGAAAAAAUUUGUUGAAGAAUUUGGUUCUCUAUUACAUUUACCAUCAAUGAAUAAAAUUGUUAAUAUACUUAAAAAUUUAAGUGAUCCAUCAAUUGAUAAUUAUAUGAAAGAAAUCACGACAAUUGACAAAGCAGCUUGUAGUUGGACAAGUCUUAUCUCGGGAAUUAAUUUAAAUGUACAGGGUGAUCCAAAAGUCUUGGGCCCUCAUAGAAAAAUUUCUUUUUCUCCGCCAUAGUAAAUCUAAAUAUGCUCAAAUUUGGAGGUAUAAUCUCUGAAACUUAGUUGAAUAUUAUCUCAAAUUUUCAUGACUGUAGCUCUAAUUAUAAGGGAGAUAUAUGAGCUUGAAGUAGGGACAUGGUUUUUUACCCAGGACGUAAAUGCACUUUUAUUAUAAAAAAAACAUCUAGGAUAAAUAAUUUUUAUCAUAAAUACAAUAGCAAAUAAUACAAAAAUUUAUAUGUUCAAAUGCUGUUAUAGUCCUCUUUGUUGACUGAAUAACAUUUUUUUUUAAUCAAGCAUUCUAAUCGUCUUGGUAUUGAAUUUAUCCAGUUGGAACACAUUUGUGGAGUAAUGGUGUUCCA